UAUCUCACCCUCACUAAACACGCUGCAUUGGAACGCGCCGUUUUGUAACAAGCCAAGAUACGACGUCGUGCAGUUAAAAUUUAAACACACUCUCGCAUAAAAGGCGCCAACAGUCAGCAGGUAAACGCUGGCGAGCAGAUGAAUGAGAAACAUAUCAAAAUCGUUAGACGGCCAAGUCCUCCGUCAAUUGAGGUCCGCCGCCAGGCUCGAUUAUGGCGUAUCCGCUCUCCUUCUUCAUCACUUCACCAAACAUCGUCUCCCUCUUCAAGCGAGGCAACUGCAUGCGCGACUCAUACUCUGCUCUGUCCCGCCCGACAAUUACCUUGGUUCCAAACUUAUAACUCUUUACUCCAAAACUAACAACCUAAAAGACGCCUGCCGCGUGUUCGAUAAAAUUCCUCAUAAGAAUACCUUCUCUUAUAACGCUAUGCUCAUGACCUACUCUCUCCAUAAGCAACACAUUGAUGUUUUGAACCUUUUCUCGUCCUUAUCCUCGUCGAGUUCAGUGAACGCAAGACCUGAUAAUUUCUCAAUCACGUGCUUGUUGAAGUCGCUUUCUAGUUUAUUGUUCACUGAUGUUAAAUUGGGUAAGGAAGUUCAUAGUUUUGUUUUGAGAGGAGGGUUCGAUGCUGAUUUAUUUGUUGAGAAUGCUUUGAUUACAUAUUAUUCCAAAUGUGAUGAUUUGGUCUUAGCAAGGAAGGUGUUUAAUAGAAUGACGGAGAGGGAUUUGGUGACGUGGAAUUCAAUGAUUGCUGGUUAUUCUCAAGCGGGGUUUUAUGAGGAAUGUAAAAGGCUGUUCAGGGAAAUGAUGGAUUUUUCGGGUUUUAGGCCUGAUGGGGUCACUGUGGUUUGUAUUUUGCAAGCAUGUGGACAGACUAAAGACCUCGUUUUUGGAAUGGAAGUGCAUAGAUUAAUUGUUGAUAAUCAAGUUGAAAUGGAUAUUUGGAUUUGUAAUGCUUUGAUUGACUUGUAUGCGAAAUGUGGGAGUUUGGAUUAUGCAAGGGAAUUGUUCGAUGAGAUGAGUGAAAAGGAUGAAGUUACUUACGGUGCAAUUAUAUCUGGAUUCAUGAGUCAUGGCCAUGUUGAUCAAGGUUUGGGUCUUUUUAGAGAAAUGAAAAAUCAAUUGUUAAGCACGUGGAAUGCUGUGAUUUCAGGUUUGGUACAAAAUAAUCGGCAUGAGGGGGUUUUAGAUUUGGUUAGAGAAAUGCAGGAGCUUGGUUUUAGACCUAAUGCUGUGACGCUCUCAAGCAUACUUCCGACCUUAUCAUAUUUCUCAAGUUUGAAAGGAGGGAAAGAAGCGCAUGCUUACGCCAUUAAAAAUGGAUUUGAGGGAAAUAUCUAUGUUUCUACUGCAAUUAUUGAUAUGUAUGCAAAGUCAGGAUAUCUUAGUGGGGCUCAGAGUGUUUUUGAUCAAUCCAAAGGAAGGAGCUUGAUUAUUUGGACUGCAAUAAUUUCAGCAUAUGCUGUCCAUGGAGAUGCUAAUUUGGCUCUCAGUUUUUUUCAUGAUAUGUUGAAUAGUGGAAUUCAGCCAGAUUCAGUCACAUUCAUAGCAGUGUUGGGAGCUUGUGCUCACUGUGGAAUGGUGGAUGAAGCUUGGCAGAUCUUUGAGACCAUGUUUAAGAAAUAUGGUAUUCAGCCCGUGGUGGAGCACUAUGCUUGCAUGGUAGGUGCUCUGAGCAGGUCAGGGAGGCUCUCUGAAGCUAAAGAGUUUGUUUCCAAAAUGCCAAUUGAGCCAAGUGCAAAAGUUUGGGGUGCAUUGCUUCAUGGAGCUUCUGUUUCUGGUGAUGUUGAACUUGGCAAGUUCAUUUCUGAUCAUUUAUUUGAAAUUGAACCAGAAAAUACUGGGACUUAUGUGAUCAUGGCCAAUUUGUAUUCCCAGGCUGAGAGAUGGAAGGAAGCUGAUGUGGUGAGAGAAAGGAUGGAUAAAGUUGGCUUAAAGAAGUUACCGGGAAGUAGCUGGAUAGAAACUAGUAAAGGGCUACGAAGCUUUAUUGCAACGGACAGAUCUAGUGAAAAUUCUGCAGAGAUAUGUGCAAUCUUGGAAGGGUUGCUUGGGAUGAUAAGAGAUGAAGGGAAUUUGCAGGAAGAGCUCCAUGAGGAUAGCCUUUUUGGUUGAACAAUAGAUUCUCUCAGUAUACGGGAGACUGUCUUUCUAUUUUCUUCACCUACUUUGAUAUAUGGGUUGUGGCUGCAGACAAUUGCCUGCCUGUGUGAGAGAUCUUUUGCUUCAAUCUCCUCCUUGGGUUCCUUAUCUGGAAUACUUCAGCGACAGCUGCAGUGUGGCCUUGGCUUUUGUUUCUACCGACCUUUCUGAGAAACUCCCAUCUUUCAAAUCUUUUGGUACUUGUUCUGGCUCACUCCAAUCCCAUUCUCCAUUAUCUAUUCCGUACAAGAACCAAGCUUUUCAUGGGUCUCUGCUAUAUCAGUUUCUAAGCUAACCUACUUGUCCUCCAUCAGUAGGAUUCUUGUACCUGUACCUAAUGCUAACUUCCUAGUUCCUAAUUCUGUUCAGAAAUUGGUCUGAGUAUAUUACCUUCUCCACUUCUUCAGCAUUCAUCGGUCUGCAGAAUUGGUGAAGGGGCCUAAGCCAACUGCAUUUACAAAUAAAUCUCUACUUUCACUUCUGAUGUCUUAUACAGAUGGCAUUUGCCAGAGCCAGAUGCUAUUGAUGUUUCUGGGUCUUUUAUUGCUCAUCAGUAAAUUCUGUGACAAUUAUGGUUUUGUUAGGAUGGUUAGGAUCAAAGCAGAAGCAUCUUAUGAAAUAUGCUGAGUGGUAUACUUCAAUGGGAUUUCAUGUCAUUACUUUUACUUUUCUGAUGGCUGAGAUUCUUAGUCACUAAUUUGGUGGGAUAGCUGAACAAGAGAUUGACUUGCUUGUGAAUCAUCUGGCUGAUUGGCUGGAAGAGGAGCAUGGGAAGAACUUGGUAUUUCAUGCUUUUAGCAAUUCUGGAUGGUUAAUGUAAGCUCCUGUUCCUCAGGUAAUUGUGGCUUGAUCUUGCAUUGGUUUGUUGAUUACCAAGACGGGCCUUAGGGAUGUUUCACAGUGUAUCAUGACAUGAAAAUAUCUGUACUGAGGAUGGCAAAGAAUUGGAAAACUGUGAAAUUAUUUGUUUGACACAUUAAGUUCGCAAAAAAAUAUGUCAUUGGCUAUAUUCUUCCAUACA